AUGGUGUAUGGCAAGAGAUGUCAUCUACCGGUGGAAUUGGAGCAUAAGGCUUUCUGGGCAGUGAAUAAAGUGAAUUAUGAUUGGAACCAGGCAGGGCAAGAAAGAAGGCUAGAGAUCCAAGAACUCGAAGAAAUCAGAAGAGAAGCAUACGACAAUGCUGUUCUCUACAAGGAAAGGAUGAAGAAAAGCCACGAUGCCCUGAUUACAAACAAGCAGUUCAGCUUUGGGCAAAAGGUACUUCUGUACCAAACACAGUUCAAAUUUGCACAAGGCAAGCUGAGUACCAAAUGGGCCGGACCUUUCGAAGUACAAGUCCAAUUCCCAAAUGGGGCCGUCGAAAUCAAGAAUCCAAAAUCAGGAAGAGUGUUCAAGGUGAAUGGACAAAGGCUGAAGGCCUAUUGUGGGCAUGAACCAAACGUUGGAGAGGAACUAGAUCUCACCCCAACCACAAACCACCUGGUUUGA